AUAACGUAAAGCACUCGUGGAUAUCAUAAUCUAUACUUAAUGAUGAGCGAAAAAAGGGAACAGAGAAUGCUAAUAAAAGAUGGAAUAAUAUAUUUAUGAAGUACGAUGUAUUUACAUAGAAGGUGUAUUCAAAUUACUUUCCAUUCAGUAGCUUCUCAUUCAAUUUAAGAAGUUCGCUUCUUUCGGAAUUUACUAAACGGUCCGAAAAGCAUAUCUUCCUUUCAAUAAGGGAAAACGUUUCGUUAAAGAUGCGGUUAAUGUUAAAUACUUGUAGGUGUUUAAGAAAGAGCUAUAUAUUUGUCGUAAUUUGGAUAUUUGGAUUUUCAGUUUAUUCAUUAACCGUUGGAAAUGUGUCACUUGCAAGGGAUUCGGCAACGUUAGGACGAUUAGGGGACAGAAGGGCAGCACAAGAAAAUGGUGUACUUUAUGGUCAAUUAUUGCAGGGUGGUGAACAUGUUGCAGAAAAUGAGGCUGAUAAUACAGAAAGAGAAAUUCGAAAACGUGUUGUUAACUCACGCGCUGGAAAUUUCACUUAUGUUUCAAGGGGCAAUAGUUCAAUAUUUGACUCAUCCAGAGGACAGUUUCGUGUGAUAGAUAGAUAUUUAAAGAAAAUGGAGCACGGGUUUUUCGUGGAACUUGGUAGUGAAGGAAACGAGCCUGCUUCCCUAACAUUUUUGCUAGAGAAAAGUAGGGGUUGGACUGGACUCGUGAUUGAACCGGAAGCUGAGAAAUUCCAGUCACUUAUGCACAUGAAGAGGAAUUCUAAAUUUCUACAAUCUUGCAUAAAUGCGACAAGCGAAGUUUGGCCUGCAGAGGGAUCCAGUGAAGAACCUUGCCUCAGACUAGUAGAUAUUUUGAAGGCUAUUAAGCGAAAUAAAAUCGAUUUACUUGUGUUAGACGUUACUGGACAGGAGGUACAAUUGCUGACGUCAUUUCCGUUUAAAGAUAUUGACGUUAGCAUGAUAAAUGUCGAAAUUCAUGGAAUGAAUAGAUAUCCAGUACAACUUGUACAGAAGUUGAAAACUCAGUUUGAAAGUGUUCAAUUUAUGACAAAUCACAUAUACGGGAAGUCAGAUAUGGUAUUUCUAAACAAACAAUUUAAAUCAUGACUGUAACAGUUGAGGACAAACGCAUUAAAAGAGUCAUUAAAUGGCAAAUUCAGUUAUAAUCUAAUUCAAAACUUUUAAACUACUUUAAAGUAUAUACACAUUGCGUGAAAUUCACCAAGUCUCAGAAUUAUGAAAUAUGUUUCGAAUAUGCCUCUAAGCAGUUACAGGGUCAUCAUGUUAGGAAACAGAUGCAACGGUGUCAAUCUCCUUCAGUUGCCGUACCUGAUCUCAGUCUUAGGACUCUAAUGCAGAAGCAAGGAUGACAACCCUAUACAUGAUAUUGAAGAAAAAAAGAGUAUGGUGCUGUGAUAUGAUGUCAGUUGAGAAAUGUCAUCCAGAAAGGGAGAAACGCACAGUCUAAUACAUAAAUAAUCGGUUAACUGUGAUGGCUAGUGUACAAUUAAAUCCCCCGCCUGAAUUGCUAUAUUUACAUUUUCCUUCGUUUUGACUUUGACAAGAUUUACUUUCUUCUAAAUUGAAUAAUAUUAAGUUUUGGAUUAGGGCUAAAACAACAACAAGGAAAAAAGUGGUGGAUUAAUCGUAAAAGUGCCCCAGUUAAGUGAUAUAACACUAGAGGUCAAUCAGUGACACAUAAAAUAAUCACAUCUUUCUUUUACCUAUACAACUGUAUGACACAAGUGGAAAGGAACAAUGAACUGACUGUAUGGUUAAACAAUUUCAUUGUAACGUCAAUUUAUAUGGUAAAUACUGAAGUUUUUUCUUGUUUUUAUGUAUGAUGUGUGAUGUGGUACAAAUAACAUUAUAUAUAAAUUUCAGCUUUCAGUUUACUGAUAUACAAACCUGGUUAUUUAUGGUUGAAUCUUAAAGCAAUAAAUACUGUUGAUUGUUUGUGUUUUGUAAUACGAUGAGCAUUGUCUUUAUCACAUAUUAUUUGUGAGCUAAUUAACAAAACAUCAUCAUGAAUAAAUACAUACAUGUAUAAUACU